AGUCGCUAGAUUUGUCGAUAGGCGCUUUUUUGAAAAAAAGUCGUCAAGGGGGUCUGAAAAGUCGCUAAAUCUAGCGACAAAGUCGCUAAGUUGGCAACACUGGAACUUAAUGCCAGUGUGCAUUCCUGGCCAACCAGCCGGAGGCUGGGUGGUGCCUGCUGAUGGUCGUGUUAAAAUGAUCAUGAUGGAGAUUCAGUGACUGCACGGAGGUUUCCAUUACAGACCCGUUGUCGGAAAGGGUUAAGUCUUACGCCAUAUUUGGAGGGCAGAAUACGGGCGUUCCUCCCCUUUUCUUUAAGUUUAAAAGUGAAACUGUUCAAUGACAAGAAGCCACUCGGUAAUUCUACCCCCUCCUUCUUUAAAUCCAGUUUAAUUUAAAUUUAGUAUUCAUGUUAGUAAAUGUGGCUGCUCCGGGGAGUUUUGACGUAUAGCGUUUACUUUUUACUUUUCAUUGUUAAAUUUUAAUCGUUAAAUACAGCUGUGCUUCCUACGUCGGUUUACAGCUGCAAAUGAAAUGUCUUGGAUAUAAUGUACACGGGGUAUAUUUGGAUGCUAUUCUCGUAAUGUCAUGUGGUUGCUUAAAAAUACAGAUGUUCACAUGUGGACAGGUUUUUGGGACCGGAGAGUUGAUACGGUAGUUCAGUACGUACCGGACAGUGUAACAGCGAUAUAUAGCUCAUUCUCAUCCGUGUGAACGUUACGACUGUUACAUACUCAUGAAUAGUGAAUGAAAGCAAACUGUGUAUGGUAUUAUAUAUAUAGAUCAGAUCUGUGUCACAUUAAGGCAAAAAAUCCGAUUUGAGUCACUUCAGCAUGGCAGUGUGAACCUAUGUAGCCUAUGUGAGCUGCAUUGCGUACUGUAUUACUUUUUCCCAACCGUGCUUACUGCCUGCCUGAGUCCUGUGUUCUGACGAGUUGAACUACUUUGUCAAGUUAGACUACCGUAGUGCUAAUACAUAGCCCUAACCCCAAAAAAACCCUAAAACCCUUACCCUAACCCCUAAAACCUAACCAUAAUCCCAAGACGGUGGAACUGCACAUGCGCAGAAAGGCUCGAUACCACGUCUCGAUAGGUAGCUCGACUCGUCAGAACACCGGCAGUCUCAUCUCACUAUAACCUUAUAGGACAAAUGGACCCGUUGCAGCAGAAUCAUCAAGAUCUUCGUCAGUGGCUACAGCAGAACAAGGAAGUUCUUUGUCAGCAGCUCUCUGUUGUCCAAAUUAGCAUCAUAGACAAGGCAGAAGACAUUUUAACUCUAAAGGAAUACAGGACUUUGAUUGGUGUCACAGAUAAGAGUCUGCAGAUAAGAGAUCUCCUGAACACCAUAAUUAGAAAAUCAAGUGAAGACUGUAAGAAGUUUCUUCAGAUCAUGCAGCAGCACUUUCCUCUAAUUACCGAGCUGCUCCAGUCUAGCAGUCAAGGACAGUGCCACCAGUUUGUGUGUGCAGAAGAAGGAAGUAAUGUGGUCGCCCCCUUGGUUUCCCAUGUCAACACUGGACCUUUCAACAUGGACGUAACCCUGAGAACCUCCAAUGAGCUGAAGGCUUUAGAUCAGUUGGAUGCUCAGAAAUCACAGAACUACUCAGCUUGUGGACAGACAGCCUCACCAUAUUCUGUCCAGGCGCAGUUUGGCACCACUUCAAGUGUGAGAGCCUAUAAGGGAAGCAACGUUUUUGCCCCUGUCUUUAACUAUGCAAAUGUAUCUGAUGGUAUCAAUGUAAACAUUAAAAUGGAGUCAGGCUCAUCAGAAGCUAAAGGUCUGCCAAAGAAAACUCCGGAGUGUUUCAUCAAACGUAAUUACAAAAAGUUAAUUUCAAGGUUCACCAAAGUCAGCUGAAGAGAGGGCUGCAUCCAUACCAAGUAAAAUGGAAUUCCUGAUUGCUCAUUUGAGUAAGCUUGUUCAAAAUGUGAAAAAUGUGGACAGCAUUGUAGAUGAGCUUAUCAGCGCAGGCCUCCAUUCAGAGAUGGCUAGCAAUAUAAGGGCACAAUCAACUGCAGAGAAGAAGAUGAGGGAAAUCAUACUGCGUGUUGGAAAAUGCAGUGAGAAGAUGGCUGAAAAUGUGGUUCUGGCACUCUGCAGGUGCCAGAGAGAUGUGAUGGAGGAACUACUGCCCCCCCUGGAGGCCUGAGGAGAGCCUUCACGCAACUCUUUAUUGCAUGAAAAAAAAACAUUUUAUUAAUUUUUUUUCAAUAUUUAGUCUAGCAAUACUUUUGUCUAAUGUCUUGUCCCCUUUGUAAAACUUUGACGUUUUGCUGGAGCAUUCUAAGAUCAUGACCUUGCUUGGAUAAUGUUUGGGACAGAGAAAUGAGCAGAUUCAUACAGUGUAAUGAUGAUACAUUGUUUGGCUGGCACAGCUUCAGCCUCAGGUACACAUUGUGAACUGUCUGAGCUUUUUGAAUUUUUACCUAUAGCCCAGAAUUUUAGGUGAUUUUCAUGGAUUUUACAUUUUACUGAAUGAUAUUUUUAAUGAUUGCUUUUGAAAAUAUAUCUCAUAAAAUUUUAUUUUGCUUUGCACAGCUACUGCUAUAUGUAGGUAAUAUGUAGUCUGCAGUUCAUGCUGUUUUUCAUUCCUGAUGACUGAGCUUUCAUCCGUUGUUGGCUAAAUGAUUUUUUCACUAUUUAAGCUCAUUCAAACCUUAGAUCUUAUUUUAAAUUAAUGCCAGUUAAUAGGAAAAUCAGUCACAGAAAAUGGAUGGAUGGAUGUAAAAGCAAAAUCAGUUUGCUAAUUUGUGGAAGUCACGGUACGUCAAAUAUCACAUGGAUAAUUCCGUUUCACUCACUGCAAAAAAAUGACAUUGUAUAACUUCUGCAAUUCCUUCUAUUCAUCUUCCAGCUGCUUAUACAGUACAGGAUCAAGAAACUUCUGUAAUUACAAACAUUAAAUGUUUCAUGUGUUAA